UCACUCUCUAAAAAAACGCAAAUUCUCUUCUUCUCAACAUCACCUUCCCAUUCGGCGAAAGUGACGACUAGCGUGACGGCGAGAAUGAUGGUGACCACCACUGCAUCCGAUGGCGCCGCCGACUGCGGACAAUAUAUUUGGCCUCUCUAUUCAUCAUGGGGGUCAUUUCAUUCCUAAUGGUAAAUUUCAGAAAUAUAUUGGUGGUGGAAGGACAAAGGCAAGUGGUUUAGACCCAGACAGAUUUGGGUAUUUCGAUUUAAUCGAGGAAUUGAAUAAAAUAGGGAUUGAGACAUGGAGUAGACUUACUUUUGUGAAUCCUGUAACAGCUACCCACGUGGAUAUUAAAAGUGAUAAGGAGGUGAUGGAGAUGUUGUCUAGUACUCUAAGUGUGAGUUUUAACAGAAUGUGUAGUAUUUAUGUUGUUGAUAGGAGUAUGUGCAUGGGUGGUGAAGCUGAGAGGGUGGUGGUUAAGUCUACAGAGACGCAUGGGAUUGAAACAUUUAGUAAGAUUGUAAGUGAAGAUGGGAGUAAGAGUUUCAGUGAUUCUGUGGAUGAGAAUAUGAGUGGUUCUGCGGGUAAGAAUGUGAGCCAUGGUGUGAGUACAAGUACUGAUCAGAAUGUGGGUGAGAAGAAUGUGUUGGGAGAUGGAGGGUAUGACAGUGAAAGUGAUGGGAGUUAUAUACCAUCAAGUGAUGAGGAGACCGAUGAUGAAAUGGAAGGAGAAAUCGGGAGGAGAAAUUCAUUGGUUUGAUUAAAUCUAACCUCGUAUUUGAUUGAAGGAGAAAUCGGGAGGAAUCGCGACGGGAAUUGCAAAUGUAGGACAAGCUUGAACCCUACCUAUGGAGGAAACCCGAUGGGAUUGUAGAUCGACGGGAAUUGCGACCAGUUACAUUCGCAAUGGAGAAGGAAGAAGUGAAAAAUCGACGGGAAUUGAGAAAGAUUUUGAAUUGCUGCCAAUUCAUAAACAUAAACCCUAAAUCAUAUAUAUUUUAUUUUAAAUUGAUUGAAACAUAAAAC